AUGGAGAAGAGGCAGAGCCUUGCAGGUGCGCGCGAUGAGAGCGCACAUGCUAAACGGAUCAAGAUGGAGAGUUCAAGUGAAGAACUAAAGGCGCCUGGCACUGAGUCGGAACGCACGUCGCCUCUGCCCUCAGGGAGCGACCGGGACGCAUCGCGCGUCGCCGAGUCGCCACUGGCCUCUACCAUGUCCAACCUUGACCGUCUUGCCAACUUGGCCGCCCAGCGCACCGAGUCGCCUAAUGCCAAUUCACUUCUUUUUCGUCCUGAUAAUCCGCUCCUGAGGACGCCUACGCAGGCUGGCAAUGUGUCGUCCCUGCCUCUCUCCUUACAGCGUCUGCAAGCUGUCCGUAAUGCCCAGGCCGGGAACGGAUCGGUGGUAUCGAGCCCUGUCCUCAGCUCUGGCACUGGUACAGCCCCGAAUCUUAUUAGUUCAAGUGGGUCUAGUGGCGCUCCAACCAGCUACGACCAGCUCGUGGAUGUGAUGGGCUACAGUGGUGUGGAUUUGCGGGCGGAAGAGGCCUUUAUCCAGCGGAGUGGGUCGCUUUGGGACGAUGCCCAGGCUGCGUCUGCGAUCAGCACGGCGGGCAUGGCUCAUGGUCUGUACCUUAAUGUAUACCCCUUGUCGAGUAUGGUCCAUCGGAUUGCCAAGCAAUAUGGCCUCAAAGUGGAUGCGGCGACACUGGACUAUUUGUCGAUUGCGACGCGCAUGCGCUUCCGCAACCUGUUAGAGUCGAUGGUGCGCGCAUCCCGGCACCGUGCGUGGUCGACUCACCAGCGGCGCCCGCCUUUGCAUCCGGGGGCCAACCCCGAUGGCACGCGUAAUCCCGUGUUCCAUGAAGAGGUACUAUCAAAUCCCACGAAGCAACUGGCCGCCAUUGAAAAGGCUGAGCGCAUUGAAGAGGGCAACUGGCGGCGGAUGCGCCUAGAACGCGAGGAAAUGGAGGCCGCAGCGCAAGAAGCGGGUGGCGACGAUGGCUCCUCUAAGAACAAGAAACGACCGAGCAUGUCGUCGCGCAAUCUCUCCGAGGACGUGCGCAAGCGCCUCGCGGAUAGCACGGCGAUGCGCCACCUGGGUGCUAACAGUGUCACAUCCAAGUACUCCUGGCUGCAAUCUCCGGGUAUGCGCUCAACGCCGCGCGCGCGCGACUCGGAUGCUGCGCCCAGCGAGUCGCCGUCGCAAAAAUCGUCGACGCUGCCCAAACCAAAGUUUGCGCCUAGCGCGAGUCUGCGGUCCUCUGUGUCACAGGCCGCACAUGCAGGUGCGUGGAGCGACGUUGCAACACGCCAAGCUGCGCAGCGGGAGCAGGAGCGUGUGGCGCGUGCGCGAGUCACGUUGCAUGAUGCGCUUGCGGCGCUGGAGCGUGAGCAGGCGGGCGGUGCCGGCCAUGGUGCAGGGCGGCGUGCGCUGUAUCUGGCGCAGGCAUAUGGACAUGGCCGUGGCUCGCUAUAA